ACAGUCAGGUGGUCUGACUGGCACCUCCUGCAGGCACCAUGGCCCAGAGCUGGGCCCUGCUCCUGCUGCUGUUGCCGCAGCAGCUGCAUCUGGGCCCUGUGCUUGCCGUGAGGGCCCCGCCAUUUGGCCGGAGCAGCGCCCACAGCCCGAGCCCAGAGGAGAACGAAUUUGCGGAAGAGGAGCCAGUGCUGGUCCUGAGCCCCGAGGAGCCGAGGGCUGGUCCAGCCACCAUCGACUGCCCCCGAGACUGUGCCUGCUCCCAGGAAGGCGUCGUGGACUGUGGCGGCAUCGACCUGCGGGAGUUCCCGGGGGACUUGCCUGAGCACACCAACCACCUGUCCCUGCAGAACAACCAGCUGGAGAAGAUCUACCCCGAGGAGCUGUCUCGGCUGCACCGGCUGGAGACGCUGAACCUCCAGAACAACCGCCUGACCUCCCGAGGGCUCCCGGAAGAGGCGUUCGAGCACCUGACCAACCUCAAUUACCUGUACCUGGCCAACAACAAGCUGACAUUGGCACCCCGAUUCCUGCCAAACGCCCUGAUCAGCGUGGACUUUGCUGCCAACUAUCUCACCAAGAUCUAUGGGCUCACCUUCGGCCAGAAGCCAAACUUGAGGUCUGUGUACCUGCACAACAACAAGCUGGCAGACGCCGGGCUGCCUGACAACAUGUUCAACGGCUCCAGCAACGUCGAGAUCCUCAUCCUGUCCAGCAACUUCCUGCGUCACGUCCCUAAGCACCUGCCACCUGCCCUGUACAAGCUGCACCUUAAGAACAACAAACUGGAGAAGAUCCCUCCGGGGGCCUUCAGCGAGCUGAGCAGCCUGCGGGAGUUGUACCUGCAGAACAACUACCUGACUGACGAGGGCCUGGACAACGAGACCUUCUGGAAGCUCUCCAGCUUGGAGUACCUGGAUCUGUCCAGCAACAACCUGUCACGGGUCCCGGCCGGCCUGCCUCGCAGCCUGGUACUGCUGCACCUGGAGAAGAACGCCAUCCGCAGUGUAGACGCAGACGUGCUGACCCCCAUCCGCAGCCUGGAGUACCUGCUGUUGCACAGUAACCAGCUGCGGGCGCCCGGCAUCCACCCACUGGCCUUCCAGGGCCUCAAGAGGCUGCACACGGUGCACCUGUACAACAACGCCCUGGAGCGGGUGCCCAGCGGCCUGCCCCGCCGCGUGCGCACCCUCAUGAUCCUGCACAACCAGAUCACGGGCAUUGGCCGCAACGACUUCGCCACCACCUACUUCCUGGAGGAGCUCAACCUCAGCUACAACCGCAUCACCAGCCCGCAGGUGCACCGCGACGCCUUCCGCAAACUGCGGCUGCUGCGCUCGCUGGACCUGUCCGGCAACCGCCUGCACACACUGUCGCCUGGGCUGCCCCGCAACGUGCACGUGCUCAAGGUCAAGCGCAAUGAGCUGGCCGCCGUGGCGCGCGGGGCGCUGGCGGGCAUGGCCCAGCUGCGAGAGCUCUACCUCACUGGCAACCGACUGCACAGCCGGGCUCUGGGCCCCCGGGUCUGGGCAGACCUCGCCCAUCUGCAGCUGCUGGACAUAGCUGGGAACCAGCUCACAGAGAUCCCUGAGGGGCUCCCGGAGUCGCUCGAGUACCUGUACCUGCAGAACAACAAGAUCAGCACCGUGCCCGCCAAUGCCUUCGACUCCACACCCAACCUCAAGGGGGUCUUUCUCAGGUUUAACAAGCUGGCCGUGGGCUCGGUGGUGGAAAGUGCCUUCCGGAGGCUGAAGCACCUGCAGGUCUUGGACAUCGAAGGCAACUUUGAGUUUGGUGACGUUUCCAAGGACCAUAGCCGCUUGAAGGAAGAAGAGGACGAGGAUGAAGAGGAUGAGGAUGAAGAGGAAGAGGAAACGAGAUAGUGACAAGGACCAUGGCCACCAGAUUCCUCUCUGCAGCAUGUGUCUGUGCCCUGAGAGCUCCCGUUCUGCCACACUCACACAGACACACCCAGUGCUGCACCAUGGGGCAACAACCCACAUGGCACCACCCCACACCUCCCUGCCCCUUCCUGCAGUGAUCCCACUGCCAGACACACGCAGACACCAUGUCACACUCCACACACCCGACGUGCGCACACAGCCAGCGUCACGUGACCUCCAGCCCCCACACUGUCUGCCCCACGCCUGGUACCGCUGUCAUACCCUCCAAAUCAUGCAGACCUGGGGAAGGGCUGGCCUGCUCUGGCACACACAGCGCCUUCCCGCUUCCCGUCAAUGCCCACAUACAUGCUAGUGCACGCACAUGUGCAUGCACACACCUACGCACACACGAGUCACAUACAAGCAACCCUCUGUGGUCUAUGCCACUGACAGCUCUCACCGCCAGCCAGAACUGGCCAGAACAGCUCACCAUCUACCCCGUCCAUCUGUCCGUCCGCCACUGGAGAAGACGCAGGGUUAUCUCUGCCCUCUGCGGCUGGGUGCCUACUGCCCUCUGGAACUCACAAAAGCUGGCUUUUGUCCCUCUCCCUCCCUUUGGGGACAGGAGCCAUUGGGACUGCUGUGCUGGCCACCCCUACCACCCGAGUGCUGAGCAGACUCCCACUGAGAGCCCUCCCUGCCAUGCCCUGGUAAGCCCCAGGAGCUUUUCUGACAGGCAAGGUCCACAGAGGCAGGACGGGGGAGCCUCUCAGUGUUUCUGCAGCCCUGGCAGGAGGUGAGGCACUGGGGCUGGGCCAAGCCAGGUGGGCAAGGCCCCUCUGCACCUAUGAGACACCUGUAUUCUUUGAGCCUGCGGGGAAGUUCCAGGUGCCUUUGGUUUUUCAUUAUUUUUUAAGGAAAAAAAAAAGAAAAAAAUCUCAAAGCUGAUUUUACUUGUUACAGAAAAACUAAUAUAAAAGCAUGA